AUGGCCACCCGCACCCGCUUCAAGUCGCCCUCCCCCGUCCCCUCACACCCGCACACCCCCAAAAGCACGCACCUCCACGACCCCACCGACGCGCUCUCCGCCUCCCACUUCCACGCGCAAUACCCCCACUUCGCCAGCAGCCCCACCCCGCCGCCUCCUCCGCCGCAGCACCAGCAGCAGCAGUACUACGACCCGCGCUUCAGCUCCGGGUCGCGCCACCCGCCCAAGAAGCACGCCGACCUGCCCAUCCUCAGCUACCACAACGCCGUGCCCGAGCCGUACCGCACGCAGGCGCCCGUCGGCGAGCCCGUGCCUGUCGUGCUGCCGCCCGUCAACGUCAACCUCAACGUCGCCCCGCCUCCACCGCGCUAUGUGGCUGCUGCGGCGGCGGCGGCGCCAAAGGCGCCAGAGAAGUCGCGCAGCCUGAGUAUACAGAGCUUGAUAUCUGCGCCGGCGGUGGAGCCGCCGUCGUAUGGGAGGUCGUCAGGAGGGGGAGUGGGUGUAAGUACGGGCACGGCUGAGGAGCAGCACACGCGCAAAAGGAAGGGGAGCGAUGACGCGGGGGAUAGGGAUAGUGCUCGUGGCACCCGGCAUGGCAGUCUUGUGCCCACGUCUGUGAGCAUCGAGGACCCGGAUGUGCGGGAGGUUGUUGAGGCCCUCGGGGGGCUAAAAGGGGACUUCACGCCCACGCCAGCCUCCCCGCCCCUCGCCCAGGCGCCCGAAAACGAGCCCCUAAUCGACCUCAUAACACACCGCGCACACCCGCUUCUCUCCUCCGCCAUCACAACCUCCAUCAACACCUACGCCGCCAGCAAGUCCUACUCCGCCUCCUUCCGCUACGCCGCCGAGUCCGUCGAGAACCGUGUCGGCCUCCCCGUCUCCAACGUCGUCUCCGCCGUCGGGCGGCGCACCGGCCUCGACGGCGUCCUGCGUCGCGGCCUCCAACGCAGCAGCAGCAGCACCACCCCCACCCCCGCCCCCUCCUCCCCCAGCCCGCGCAGCGACACAAACAAGAAGCGCAAGACGCGCAACGACCCGCACGAGGACUCCACGCCCACCACCGACGACACAAACGGCGCGCUCGUGCAGCAGCACCAAUCGCCCGAGUCGCAGACAUGGCAGAAGCGCAUCGUGCUCGGCGCAUCGGGGCUCAGCGUGGCGCUCAACGAGGAGUCGCUCAAGAACCUCAAGUACUGUCUGCAGUGGCUGCGCUUCCUCAACGUGCACCUCAACAAGCUCGUCACGGCGCUGCGCAGCGUCGUCGAGGAGCUCGACAACCACCGGCCCAGCACCGCCACCAGCAGCAGCGCCAAUGGCGUCGCCGCCCCCGCAUCCACCACGGGCCCGCCGCUCCUCCCACCCAUCUAUGAGGGCCAGCGCGCAGCGCUCACCGCAAAGGUCGAGGGCCUCAAGGCGGAGGUCGUCAACACCAUGAAGAAGGUCGUCGAGGUGGUCAGCAACUACACCGGCAGCGCGCUCCCCGAGAACGCUCGCGACCUCAUCAAACGCCACAUUUUCUCCCUCCCACAACGCUUCGCCGCCGCCAGCGCCAGCGCCCCCGCCUCCAACUCCAACCAGCUCGUCCCCGGCGCCGCGCCCGCCGAAGAGGACCACAACUCGCCGCGCUCGACCGCGAACCGCGUCAUGGUGCUUGCCAAGGAGGGGUUGGACAUGAUGCAGCAGGUGAGCGAGGUAGUCGAGGGGACCAUCACGCGCGCCGAGGAGUGGUGCGAGCGGCUAGGGAAGCGGAAGAAGGAGGAUGUGGAGGAGCAGCCGAGCGAGGAGCAGAAGCGGUCCGUCAGCUGGAAGGAGAGAUUCGAGGGGCUGGAGGAGCGCCGGGCGGUGAGGGAGGAGAAUGAGGGCGAUGGGGAUGUUAGGAUGCAGGAUAGUGGGAGGUAG